CUCGAUCGAUAAGCCAAUCCCACGCUUGCAAAGCAGCGACCCACUAGGAACAGAAAUAUUUGUAUAUAUACGCACGAACAUACCUCUAGCAACUAAGUCCUGUAAACGGAAUAUUGCAAUAUGUCGACCCUCUCCCUUUCUUCUGCCGUGAAGCUGCCAUCAGGCUACAUGAUGAAGCUGUUGGGAUUCGGUGUCUAUAAGAACUACGACGCGAAACCCUCCUGUUUAGAGGCCCUCGCUGCUGGCUACCGCCAUAUCGAUAGUGCACAGAUGUAUCGUAACGAGGCCGAGGUCGGCGAGGCUAUUCGUGCAUCUGGCAUUCCCAGGGAGGAUGUGUUCGUUACGACGAAGAUAGAAAGUAAAGAUCACGGCUACGAAAACACCCUGAAGGGUGUCGACGAAUCUCUCAAGAGGUUCGGGUUUGAUUAUAUCGAUCUCUUCUUAAUCCACGACCCAUUUAGCGGGCCCGAGAAACGCAUUGCUACGUACAAGGCGUUGCUAAAGUCAAGAGACGAAGGCAAGAUUAGGACUGUCGGCGUCUCGAACUUUGGCAUCAAACAUUUGGAGGAAAUCGUAUCGUCCGGACUUGAGCUCCCAGCAGUUAAUCAACUUGAGAUACAUCCCUUCUGCCAACAAAGGCCAAUAGUAAAGUGGUGUCGGGACCAUGGUGUCGUGAUCGAAGCGUAUUGCCCAGUCAUUCGUGGCAAGAUGGAUGACCCUGUCUUCCUCGAUAUAGCUCGCAAACACGGCAACCGUGACCCAGCGCAGAUCCUCAUCCGGUGGUCCCUCCAACACGGAUACGUCCCCCUUCCAAAAUCAGCCACUCCCGCGCGCAUUCGCUCGAACGCCAAUUUGUACGACUUUUCCCUCGACGAAGAGGACAUGGAGCGCAUCGAUGCGCUCGAUAAGGGAGACGCUGGUGCUAUCUCCUGGAACCCUAUUCAUGCUCCCUGAUCAGCUUUUCAAGACACUGCUACCUAUAUUGUAAUGUAAUAGCCGAGCUCUCGUUAACAGCUCUGAUUGGAACAAAGCAAC